CUGAAAGGGGAAGCGAGGGCUAGCACGCAGUUGUUGAUAGUGGUUGCUUGAUGUGUAAACGGAGUCAGAGCAAUUUCCAGAAGUUGGUGUACAGUGCAUAGGGCGCAACAAGUAUGCGAAUUUUGCGCAGGGUUUGGUGAGCUGUGAAGAAUGGCAAGCAUGGGACGGAAGCCAUAAGUAGCUCGAAGUCAUCUAAGGCUACUUAGCAUUCUUGAGCCCAAUAAGCCAAGCUAGCGGGGCACCGUGCAUCUUUUUCAUUUUGAUAGGUGGAAGGGACGGCGCGGGAGGUCCUGUCAAGAAGCCAGUAUGAGCGCGGGCGGACGCAGCAGCAUGGAUUCAUUCAGUCUGCACAUGGUUACAUGGAAUGUGGCAACAGCUGAGCCUCCAGAUGACGUUGGCGCUCUGCUCAAUCUGCAGUCCCCAAAGUCUCCAGACCUUUAUGUGAUUGGGCUCCAGGAGGUGCGAGCGGCUCCUCUAAAGUUUGUCACCGACCUGGCCUUCGAUGACUCGUGGAGUCACCUCUUCAUGGACACCCUGGCUCCUCUGGGCUACGUGAAGGUGUCCUCCAUCAGGAUGCAGGGCCUGCUCUUGCUCUUCUUCUCGCACCUGAAGCACGUCCCCUUCAUCCGAGACAUCCAGGUGUCCUACACCCGCACCGGCAUAUUUGGCUACUGGGGGAACAAGGGAGGCGUGUCCAUGCGCCUGUCCUUCUACGGCCACAUGCUGUGCUUCCUCAACUGCCACCUGGCCGCCCACAUGAACUACGCCGCCCAGCGCGUGGACGAGUUCGAGUACAUCCUGGACAACCAGACGUUCAACUCCAAGGAGAGCCCAAAUAUCCUCGACCACAGAGUGGUCUUCUGGUUCGGGGAUUUGAACUUCCGAAUCGCCGACCACGGAAUGCAUUUCUUGCGCAGCUGUAUCACCAGCCAGCGCUUCAACCUCCUUUGGCCCAAGGACCAGCUUACGAUGAUGAAAAAGCAGGCGACUACCCUGCAGGAAUUUGACGAGGGACCUCUCAACUUCCAGCCGACCUAUAAGUUUGACCUGAACUCUGAUACCUAUGACUCCAGACCACCGAAAACCUGGUUGGGUUUUGAUGGUAAGAAGAGAAAGCCAGCAUGGACUGACCGGAUCCUGUGGCGGGUGGCGAAGACGUGGCCUCCCCCCUCCUCGCAGGAUGAGGGUGAAGCCAAUGAGACCAAAAGCCCACCGAAGGCCUCUUCUCCUGGGAAGGAGGAGGAUGACGAGGGGUAUCCCCUGGAGCUCAAACAGGACCUCUACACUACCAUGAUGGAGUACGGCGUCAGUGAUCACAAGCCCGUCAUUGGCACAUUUAAUCUGGAGUUGAAGAAGAUGCAGAGCGCCCCACUGGUCCGCGUGCAUGCGGAGGGCGAGUGGAGCGCGGACAUGGACUCCAUGGUGACCUACACCAUCCUACAGCCUUUCCCCUCCAGUGCUUGGGACUGGAUUGGCCUCUACAAGGUCGGCUUCAAGAGCCCGAUGGACUACAUCACAUACACCUGGGUGAAGGAUGACCAAAUAUCUGUUGAUCAUGACAGCGUCCUGGUGUACAUGAGCAAAGAGGAGCUGCCCGUCACGGGCGGCGAAUGCAUCCUCUGCUACUUCAGCAGCCACUUGCAGUGCAUUGUGGGAGUCAGCCACCCCUUCACGGUUCAGGAGUCCAAAGUAGCCAUAGAGGAAGGCUUGCUCCCUGACACCAUCAAUGGCUUUGAAGCAAUGUCCAACUGAAGAGUGUGUAUGGCCCAAUCUCAUUACUCCCAACGGGGACCCGAAUGCUCUCUCAGAGUCAACAGUGGUAUGCCCUACUAAGCCUGGGGCAGAAAUAGAAUCGGACCUUUUGAACCCAUAGGAAUUACUAUAACUCGUACCAAGUGCAUUUGAAAGGAAAUGUAAGGACUUCUCUUGUUUUGUUUUAAAUCAAUCAUGCGUAACAUAUCAUCAGUGGUGGGCAACAUGGACUUAGAAGCUCCAAUACAAGUGCCACAGAUUCUAAAUGACAUAGGGCAAUUGUAGCCUGAUUAUCAUUGACUUUCAAAUCUCUUCGAGACUUGGUCUGACCAAGAGCAUAGCAACUAACCUUCUCAAACGGCAUGGUUAACCCACCUCCCUCGGUUUGCUACCGGCCGAGGGCAGAAAAGGCUGCGCCGAAGUUUAAACCAAACAUUUUCUUAGACCCAAUAGAACGUCUCUGCUCAAACCACGUCACUGCCUUGAACACGCCUCUACCCAGGACCAUUGGAGAUGCUCAAAAGUUGAUUAGUUUCCCACAAAGUGGGUGGAGUUCCCCAGCAUGGUGGAGCUCAGAAUGUACCUGAACAAGCUCUUUGCCUGAGUAAUGUCGCAGAGCCGAAGGUGUUGCGUCAUUAGGAGGGCCGUGCCUGGGUAGGGCAAUUGGGCAAUUGCACAGAUACAACCAGGUCAUUUGGAAUAUGUGGCACUGAAUUAUAGCUUCUAAUUCCACUUUGCCAACCACUGCAUAUCAUACAGGUUCAAAGGGGUCAGUCCUGGGUUCAGAAAGUUCAUAAACCCUGCCACAUUUACCUUCCAAUGCAGGUGACCACUUGCCUGGUUAACACCAGACCUAAUCACAAGUGAUCUUGUCUUUCAGAUUGAAACGAUUGUGUAGAACUAAAGGCAUUAUGGGAGUUCCCACGCUAGGUGACCACUGGGUAGCUGCUUGUCAUGAUCAGCUGAGGGGUUUCGUUUUUGUUUUCUGAACCCAGGGUUGACAUUUUUGUCCAGGGUACAUGUUACAAAAAGAAUUUGAAAGCACAAUGUUUGCCUUAACAUUCUUUAGUCUUACUAAGGGUUUGACAGAAAAAAGUGUAGGGAUUUAUUUUUUUUCUUUUUAUGUUCUUUUAGAUUUCUAGGAUUUAGAGGGAGUUACAAGAGGCAACUGUUUUUAUCAGCGGUUGCCCGUAGAGUUGCUCUGCAAUGAGGAAGAUUUAAAGAGCCAUUUUUUUUAGAUUGCCAGUGUUCUUAACGGAAUAUAAUUGAAGUACUGUAGAGCGGAUAUUUUAUAUGCUCAGAUAAUCUCGCUUGAUCUGUUGCUGAAGCGCACUUUUGUAAUCUCUCUCUUCAGUCAGUGUCAGUGUCAGUCCAUAUUAUGAGUUGGUUGUUGUUUCAGCAGGUCAGUUUACAAAUGUUAUCAGUUUCACCGCGCUUUGAUGUAAGUAUACAGAGCUAUAUUUUAGUCAUUAUUGUUCUUGGAGAGAGGUUGUUUUCAACAUAUAUAUAUAUAUUUAUGGAUCAUGCAUAUGUAUAUUUAUUUGUUUGGUUUACGGUAUGUUAACCAAGUGUCUGGAACACAAAACUGUAAAAAAAAAAAAAAAAAAAAAGUCAUAUUGAAAGGUGCAAUAAGUACUUUUUGUUGUCCGGAACAAAAGACUGAUUUAAAACAUUUUAAUUCUGUUUCUGUAACACAAUAGAGGCAUACUGAGUUUAAAUGAUGAAUUACUUUGUUGACAAAUUACUUAAUUGUGUGCCUCGCACCUGUUUAUUCUGAUUUUCCAAAGAUUGGUGUGUGAGUGUCAGAUAUUAUGUUACAGCUGAAUGCUCAUGCUUGUAUUCUAUUAAAUACACCCCAUUAAAUCAUGUUACAGGCUGCACCAGAAAUGUAUUGUACUUUACUGCCUCAAUAAUGUCCAUUAAAGUUUCAUGUCUUUGCCUUUGCCAUUUACUGCUGCUUUAUUCUUUUGAGGGCUACUAACAAAUCGCCCUCUCAGUUUUCUUUGAGAAUAAAUUGUUGAGAAUUAUU